UUACAGGUUCAUCCAUAAGUUACAUAACGUCUAAACUUUGUUCUGCAACGAUGCGCAGCUCGAUUUUAGAGUUCAACUACAGCCCAGCUGAUUGGUUGCACUGCUCAGUGACGCAAUUUGGGUUCUCCCUGCGUCAUUUAUUUUGCGCAUGCGUGCUUCCGCUAUCGUCCCACUCGCUGCAGGAACAAGAGGAGCAACCCAUUUCCUCCUACAAGGCUUCUUACUUAUGUAUGACUGUUUGUGAUGUCUAUAUCACCAGAAUCUUCAACUCACAAUUCAGUCAAGACAAGUGAAACCUCAUGCAGCCUGUUCUCCAGCCACGCUCUUGUUCCUGCAAAAUCUUAAUUAGCUCUUUCUCAAAUUAAGGAACCAGCAUGGAGUCGAUGACAAUGGACAAUCUCAUAGACUUCGACAUGUCAUCUGAGGCUCCAAGUCUUGGUGUGGAUAGGGACAACCCUCAGAGCCACACAGACAUUUUCUCUCCAGAGCCACCAUCCUCCAAAUUUCCUGUGCAACCCUUAUUGCCUGAACCCAUGGCACCCACCAAGUCCUGCUCACAUCACCAUCACAAAGAUGAGGAUGAAAAUGAGAGCGAUGCAACAGAGUCAGCAGACAGUGAGAAUGACAUGGACCCGGCCUUGACUAUGUGGAAACUGAGACGCUCCUCAUCCUCAUCUGCGCACAGUGGUGAGGACAAUGAUUCUGAGGCAGUAGAGAGAAGAGAGUUCAUGAAGACGUAUGUGGAGAAAGUGUUUCAUGGAAGGCAGGACUUGGACCAAGAAGAGAAAUCUCGUUUUGGAGAGCUGUGCAGUGGCAAGAAUGGGAAAGGCAGAGAGUGGUUUGCCAAAUACGUCAGUGCGCAGCGCUGCCACUCUAAAUGCGUGAGUGAAGCUACCUUCUACAGACUGGUGCAGUCUUUUGCAGUUGUGUUGUUUGAAUGUCACCAAAUGGAUGACUACAGCCCAGCCAAAAACCUCAUGACUAUGUGCUUUACAUACUACUACACUGGAAAGUCCCAGCCGUCUCCUGCAGAGCUCCUUGAUCGUGGUGGUCCUCCAGUUGGUCUGGACUCGUACUUAAACAAGGCCAACUCCUGGCUGUCUGGUAAGAAAGAUGCUGCUGAACGGCUCCUUAAAAACUCAUCGAAGACUGAUGUCAAAGGCUUUUUUGGAGGCCUUGAAAGCAAGUUGAGAAGCUCAGUGACGCCAAAGACAGAGAAUGGCGAAAACUCGCUUGAGACAAAACCUAAUUUACCAGUGUCAGAGGUUCCAGAGGAAAAUAAAGAAGAAAAGGUCUACUUGUACACGCACCUGAAGCAGCAACCCAUAUGGCACACGUUGCGAUUUUGGAAUGCCGCAUUCUUCGAUGCAGUUGAUUGUGAGAGGAAAAAGAGGUCACCAACUACAAACAGGGGAACGCAAGAUGAAGAGAAAGAUAAAAGGGAGAAGUGGCGUCACAUGAGCCAGCAGGAAAGGGAUGACAGCUCCAAAAUGGAUGAGAACAUUGCCUUUGGCCAGCUGGGGACAUUUACACACAAUAUGUUGGCAUUUGGGCUCAGUAAAAAACUGUGCAAUGAUUUUCUGAAGAAACAGGCUGUCAUUGGGAACCUGAAUAAAGGUAAUUUUUUUUUUUUAAUUCGUGACAUUUAUUUCAGCACUUGUUUAAUGGUGAUAGUUGUGGCACUACUGUUUAGCAAACUAGAGUUUCCACAAGGGGGAGUUAUCAGACAUCUUAUGAGUACAAAUUAUUAUUUACACUGUCCAAUGUUAUUUUUUUUAAGAAUGUGGUUAUUUUGAAUACUCUUUAAAACCCUUAACAUUGUUAGUGUGUCAAAAAUACAGUAUUCUACUUUGUUCUUACCUCAUGUGUAUAUUUUUCAGCGGCAGAAAGUAAAUGCUUGGUUUUAUGACUUUUUUCUUCCUGUGUCUACUGUGCUGCAUAAGUAUCCUCAUUUGUGUGUGGUUGAUCUUUGCAGAGCAGUACAAGCUGUUAACUGACCACAUUGAGAAAAUGGCGACAGAAUGAGGGCGAGGACGACAUGUUGAAUUUCAGGGUCCCCGGCCUGCACGUGAGAGCUGUCUCAAAUCAAUGUCAUGUGACCACCUGAAAUACAGUACACAUGACGAUAGUCAACUGUGCCAUAGUUGUAGCAAAGCCCUUCCAUCCUACAUCAGCAAUAAUACAACAUACGCUGGUGUUGCUUUAAACCUCUAUGUGUAACCUGCUUCGCAAAAAAGUGUGCUCAUCUGCUAUGAAAAGCAUAUCUGCCUCUCUCUCUCUCUCUCUCUCUCUCUCUCUCUCUCUCUCUCUCUCUCUCUCUCUGUGUGUGCGACUACAGAGCUCACCCGUAGACUAGACCUCGCGCGGUGUACAGUGCAAUAACGUUAACUCGUUUCACCUGCUACUAGCAGUGACUGAUUAUCUUCCUUCCCCUCUGUGACACUUUCAGGCUUCAGUGUACUUUGAUGCAAAGAAUGUGUGGCAUUUCAAACGGGGGAAAGAUUAGUCUGCAAACCAGCCUCUGUGCUGGAAAAUAGAAUCAUUUAAGAUUGCUUGCAGUCAAACGACAUUCAAGCUCGAGUAAUGCUGUUCACUUAUAUUCUGAGCAGAUCAAAAACAGCAAAUGAAAAACUGAAGCAAUUACUUAAUUUUAGUGGGAUUUUAUUUAUUCCGUUGGUUGACGUUCCAAAGUCAAAACCUCAAAUAUUCCUAACUGUCAAGUGUAAUGUAAGUAAAUCAGUUAAAUGGUGGAAUCACCUUUUGAAGAAGCAGAGUGAUGACUGUGCAGGAAGAGGGAGGAUACAUUUUUGGUGAACCUUCCAUUCCUAUUCUUUCAUGACUAUUGUCGACGUAGACCACUCAUCCACUGUACUGUACUCACUCACCUCGGCUCAACUAUACUCACUGCGGUUUGUGGCUGUCGGUUUUUCACGCCAUGAUUUUACCACCAGAAAUUGUGAAAACCGGUGCGCACUGGCUGCAUAUCGGGCCCGACUAAUAGGGAUUUUUGGGGGCCGAUUCUGACAUAAGGGGGAAAAAUAUCUGAUAACCGAUAUAUUGGCUGAUUAAAAGUUGACAUUUUUCAAUUUAAGAAAACUAAAUACCUUCUUUUGAUGGCUUAACUUGCUCUGCUUGUUACAAAUUAAAUGAACAUGUUACUCUUUGAAAUACUUCAUAUUAAAAACUUUGCGGAACAAGCAGCAUAGGAACAAUUUGAAUGUAAAACGUAUGUAUGCAAAAUUGAAUGAAGACAUUUACUUACCCCCUCCCACCCUAGCUAAGGAAGCCUAUAGUGCCAAAAGUACAACUUUCAAGCACGCAUCAAGCAUCUAUUCUCUAAUGCAGGGGUCGGGAACCUUUUUGGCUAAGAGAGCCAUGAAAGUUACAUAUUUAAAAAUAUAUUUCUGUAAGAGCCGUAUCAUAUUUUUUAAUAUUGAAUAAUGUGUGCAUUUUUAAGCAAGACCAACAAUUUUAGAAUAUAAAACGUCUCUGAAUUUAUUCUUUAUAAUAACAUUGUUAUGCAGAAGCUAUCCAACAAUAAAUAAGAUACUUGUUGCCGUUUAUGCAACUUCUGGUGCUGCAUGGUUUUGCACCGUACUCCAUAGCGUUCUUUUCAUCAUCUUCUUCGCCGAAAGGGUUUGUUCUGCAGAAUUAGCUAGCAGACUAUUUGAUUAAAGGAGGGUAGUUUACUUCUUGACAUCUCAGUGACCCAGGCAGGCUACCGUAUUAUUCAGUAAUAAUCGAGUUUUGGUGACUGACCCGGAAAAUAUGGAAAGGACAGCUGGCAUCGACCCUGGCCACCCGCCUUGCGGUAGAAAAUGGAUGGAUUAAAAUGCAUAAGGAAGUUUUAUAUUUUGAAUGUUAUUUUUAACAUUGUGAUUUAUGUCAUCUUUUACUUCAAAAUGUCAGCGAAAAUGUAAAUAAAUAUAUUUUCUCGUGUUAAAAAAUGUCUGCCAGCCAGACGCAGACAUCAAAAGGGCCACAUGUGGCUCCCAAGCCUUAGGUUCCCCACCCCUGCUCUAAUGGCUAUAAUCAGCCGAUUCAAUCAGUUGGGCCCUAGCAUUCAUUUCGAAGAAAAACACCAAAUGGCCUGCAUUUUAUUCAUGAAAAAUGAGCGUUAACAUUGGCGUCAAUCAACUUUUGGCUGAUUACAGAUUCAAGCGGCCGGCCGAUUAAUCAGUUGAGCCCUAUUAGUCGGGAUGAGACACGUUGAAAUACAACAAUGGAGGAAAACAAGGGUUUGCUUAUCACUUGACACGCGACUGUUGGCAAUAGAAAGGAGAUAAUUGUGUUUGAGAAGAGACUAAUGGCAGCAAGAACACCACAAAGUGGAGAAUGUGAAAUACAGUACUGGGGACACAUGGGGAGGGUUGGGCAUCGAGUCUCGAGCAUCAAUGGGAACCGGGACUAACAUUCCGAUUCCGCUGAGAUCAUCACAUUUUUAACAUUUUGAUUCUUUGUUUGAAUGCCCGGUCAACUGACUGGAAGAAAUAACCGCGAACACCAAUGAAGAAGAGGCGAACACAAUGAUGUCAUGCAAAGGAGGGUGCAUGACCAACUUGAUUAAACACCUCCAGAUUCUUGGUGUAGAAAUAAGAGCGCUGCGUCCUUGACGUUCUUCGUCGGACUUCCUCUAAGCAGUCAGAAUCAAUAAAUGACGUGUGCCUCAUGUCAGUGUAACCGAGGGGUUUCGGAGUAAGUAAAGGACAGGAGCCACGGCUGCAGUAUUCACGUACACACAGCGCGUCUCAUUUCGCAAGUCAAGAGAACUUCUCAACCCACACAACAUGUUUCCGCCUUCAAAAUAAGAUUUAAAAAAAUAGCUUAUAUUGAGGCAGCAAAGUAUACCAGUGCUGAUACAGUCGCUCAACUCAAACAUCUAGCUAACGUUAGCGUGUGUACUUUUCAUAGACAAAGCUUUUACAAGUUGUUUGCUUGAUAUUGUGCACCCAGGUUAGCGCAUGUUUAAGUGCGUGCAGCAUCACACGCUCACUAACACAUGAACAAAGCAUAUGUGGAAACGUCUUCACGAGCUUUUCAAAAGUAAACAUCUUUUGUGGGAGUCUACUCCUGUGGAAAUAAACUUCACAACGUUUGUAUUCAAGUUGAAUGGUUUUAUAUUUACAGUAUAGCUUUGUGAGAAAUUAGUAGUAAAGAUGGUAAAAAAAGUUUGUAUCAUUAAAAAAUGUAAACCACGCAAGCUUUUAUGACCCCGCCUAUUAAAAGGAUCGGAGUCGAGAAACGUCGGGAACUGGACUCGAAACGAGGACUCGGAACCGCAAUGGUUCAAAUUCAAACAAUGCCCGACCUUGCACAUGGGAAAAAACAGGCCUGGAAAUGCAGCUCACUCCCCAGUCCCUUUUUUUUUUUUAAAUCAUGAGCAGUAUUGUGCUGAGAAGCCAGAAGAGGUGCGUGCUGUAGCGCUUUUCAGCAUAACGCAUUUGGUACCCUGUGUUGAUAUCACAUCUCGUGUUGAUCACAAAUACAUUAGAGCCAGAUUUGUCUUGGAGGCACCUAAUGGCCCCCAUGAUCGAAUGUAAUAUUUCAUCAGCCCUCCAGUGUGCCGUGCACGGACGUAAACAUUUCCCUCCUUUUAAUUGCUCCACAAAAUUGUCUCAGAGCCGACGAGCAUUUGUCUACCAGAUUCCCAAAUUGAACCCGUAUGUGAUAAAGCAUUUUCUUAUCUAUUGUUAUCUCAUGGAAAUGUGUGCUAUAUUUUUCUCCACAUUUUCGUCAAUUUUGCUAACAUGUACAUAGCAUUGAGUUAUUUAUUCAAAAGCGACUGAUUACAUUUGUGGCGUCCAUGAGUGUGCUACUUACUGUGUAGCAUUGUAGCCAAGUAGUCUUCACUGGGAGCACCUGCCAGUGAGGGGAUGCUACAUUGCACAAUAUGUGCUUUUGAAUGCUUCUUUUGUCUUCCCUUUUCGGCGGGUUGCAAGCUAUUUCAAACCUGAUGUGAUUGUUGAGAAGUCUUUAUUUUCGGGCAUUUUCGCUGUUGUCAGUCUCGCUGUCUGUGAAAUGUUGCUCUGUAUUUGUACACGUGCUAAUGAUCCGUGAGAACUAGUAAUGUCUAAGAAUGUUAAGGAUGAGACCCCCCAGCUCCCGUCCGUCAUGUGUGAGGUCAUAUCAAAUGGUGGUGAUUUCUGUGUACAAUGUUUUACUGUAAGCGUGUGAAGCGUAUGUUUGCAACACGCCAUAUUGUAUAUGUCAUACACAAUACUCCUCUAUCCAUAUUGUAUAUGUCAUACACAAUACUCCUCUAUCCAUAUUGUAUAUGUCAUACACAAUACUCCUCUAUCCAUAUUGUAUAUGUCAUACACAAUACUCCUCUAUCCAUAUUGUAUAUGUCAUACACAAUACUCCUCUAUCCAGAUUGUAUAUGUCAUACACAAUACUCCUCUAUCCAGAUUGCACUGUUUCAUUUCCCCUCUGAUGUUGACCAUUUCAAAGCCAGUAGAAACAUUUCAAGUCCUGCUGUCUGCUGUUUUUAUCAUUAUGUGUGUGUUUUGUUUUUUUGAUUGAGUUCACUGAGGCAGCUUUAGGUUACUUUGUAACUAUACAACCAUUUUGCCUGUGUUAAUUAAGCAUUUGCGUGUCCAUUGUACAGUACAUGUUAAAAAAAAUACCUUUUGCCUACUUCCUGCUUGAGGAAUGGAACCAGUUUCCUCCCUGAAUAAUCCUCUCUGCUUUUGUUGUGCUCACGUCACACUGGUGUGCAUAUAAAUGAAGCAUGUUCAGACGGUUGUGAUGCCACUCUUGAGACUGCAUAAUGUGAAGGUCAGCAAAAUCUGAAAUUCAAAGUCAACGGUGAUUAAUGAAGUUGUUCAAACUCGUACCACAGAACAAAAGUAUGACAUUUCAACUGACUGGAACGGCUCAACUCAUCUAUUCAGACGUUUGUUUUAUUGUUAAAUGUUUUCAAUGCGUGGCAAGGUCAAUGCUGAAUCAAAAUACUGUAAUAAAUGUAUUUUAUGGUGGCUUUUGUGAGUUCUUUUGU